AUGUGGCAUAUAUUUAAUGAUGAGAGAGAGAAAACGUUUCGUGUGUUGGGCUUGGGCCUCGGCUCGGCCUUUAGGGUGAAAAAAAGAAGAAGAGCACGAACGAACCGGUACGGGCGAGGGAAAAAACGCACGCCCCGUCUCGACCUCCAACGCGUCGUCAGCCCCCUGCCACGCUGCUGCGCACCGCCGGCCCCCGACACGCCGCCGUGCACCGCCGCAGCCGACCCCCGCCACGCCGCCGCGCGCCGCCACCCCUGCGGCUUUCCAUCACCGGAGACACACGACGCCGGCGCCACACCAUCCCCCAACUCCUCUCCCCCCUCCUCCUAUGCCUCCACCGCUCUUCAGCCGGCCAACUCCCUACUGAGGGAGCCAUGGAACUGGUCGGCCAUGCUCUCGAGGUGCUCCCCGUCAUCCCGUCGCCGGCUGCUGCUCCGGGCCCGCCUCCUCUCAGCUGACAUCGCUGGAAAUUGGCGGCACCACCAGAUCCCCCGUCUGAAAGUCCCCAAGUACCAGGAGCAAGAAUUGCAGGAUCAAAACAAAAAACCGGGGAAGAAUAUAAUGUCAGUGUGAUUUGUUGCCAACGGUAAUUCUCCACUGGAGCUCUAUGUGCAGCAACAGAAAGUAUGGCUUCUUCACGAAAACAUCUUGAUCCUUGUUUUUUCGUACUACUAUUUGAUACGUUUCCAACGUAUCUAUAAUUUUUGAUUGCUCCAUGCUAUAUUAUCUACUGUUUUGGGCAAUAUUGGGCUUUAUUAUCCACUUUUAUAUUACUUUUGGGACUAACCUAUUAACCAGAG